GUUCGACUCCCGUCCGGUGUAUCGUCAGCCGGGCUGGCACCUUCUGAGCACCACGACACCACCCCUCAGGCUGGUUUCUCUGUUUUACUCCACUCCCACGAAUUGCGUUCCUCUUUGCGAUCGACGGAGCACAUGGCCGCAGGACUCUCCCCUUGUCAUUCCAAACGAAAACAUCUUUGUUUGAUAUAUAGAUAGCUAUGUAGUACGGGGGGUAUAACGAAUCUCCAGAUCACAUGCACAGGUUACCCACACACAACUUUAUACAGCGUCCAAUCCAAUAUGCCUUCUUUUCUGCAGCACCGUCUUGAGCCGAUGCACCAGCCGCCUCCACCAGAUGUACGGCUGGUGCAGGCUCGAGAACGGGCGCCGCGCCCGCGAUGCCGAGGCGCCCCCGCUGCUCCCGCCGCUGGUGCUCGACAUGAUCAUCGUCAGGUCGUGCUCCUGCUGCUCGGAGGGCUGCGCGCCCGGCACAGGCUCGGCGUCGCACGAGUACACCGACAUCGAGACGCUGUCCGCCGUGGUCGUGCCGAGCGCGGUGACGGAGUCGCCCGGGGACAGCAGGUUGACCGCGAAGAAGGGGCUGGUGGUGGAGAGCGGCUCCAUGCCGAGCUCGCGCUCCGUCGGCGACUGCGAGACGAGCGACAUCCCGAGCAGGUCAGGCUGCGGCUGCGGCUCCUGCUCUUGUUCCUGCGGCUGGUGCUGGUGCUGCGAGGACACGUCCUCGACGGACUCGCGCGCCGAUUCAUACUGCGUCGUCAUCGGCGACACGGGCGGCAGCGACACCGUCGACGGCGACGCGAACAUCUUCUGCGUCGACGAGACCCACUCGGACAGCGACGCCGACGCGGACCCGCCCUCUGUGUCGUCGAUGCCCGCCAGGCAGAUCUUCGGCAGCGGCUGCAGCAGCUGCAGGCUCGCCGCACGCACGGGCACGGGCGAGACAUAGUUCCACUCCGUCAGCGGCGACUCGGACCGCGCGUCGCCGCCGCCGCUGCCGUCGAACAGGAACGACCCCGACGACGAGCGCACCGUCGAGAACAGCACCCCGUCCUCCCGCGCGCCCAGGUCGACGCCUCCGUGCCCGGCCCACUCGGACCGUCGCCCAGGGUCGAUCGGGGUCCCCCGUCCCAAUCGGGAACAGUUCGCCGUCAUGGGGAGCGUGAACGAGAGCCGGGGCGACGAGGACGAGUUGGUCCCCGGCGGAGCUCCCAUCGCCGUCGUCGAGCCAAAGCCCAGCCCGAGCCGGGGUGCAGAUGCCGGCCGCACGAUGCUCCCGAUCGGCGCUGGGCUGGAAAACGAGACGGAGCGCCGCGCGGCGGACGACGAGAUCGAGGAGACAGGGUGGAGCUGCGGGGAAGCGGGCUGGGGUGGGGACGGCGGCGGGGACACCAGACACGUCAAGUCGAGUUUGAAGUCGGAGAAUCCGUCGUUGCUGAACGCGGUGAUGUCCAGCGUGGCUGCGUCGUCGUCGUCCGAGGUGCAGUAGAGCGAUUCGUUCUGGCUCGGACGCGGGCUGUGGAGCACGUCGUCUUCGGCGCUGGUAUUCGUAGGCCUGUUGUCGCGCGUCCGUCAGUGGAGGUCCGGGAGCCGAGAAACACACAUGUCGCGACGUACAUUGCACCAAGUUUGACAAGCAAGUCUCGCGGCAAGUGCUGAUAGCAAAGCAGAGGUUGGGGAGGAGAGGGAAACGGUGCAAGGGAACAGACGAAAGAAAGAAAGAAGAAGUGGUGAGAGGAGUAAGUAAGCACAAGCGUAAGCAACCAGAAUCCGAAUCGCCGCCACGCCUCGGAAGUCGUGGAGUUCGAAUCUCUCAGCGCAUUUACGUGGACCUGCACCGAAAUCGAAUCGCCGUCAGCGCACGUCCUCCUCCACUCCAAUCAGGAUAUGUGCGCACCAAACGAGGGGCCCGUUGCUCUGGUCCUUACUCCCUCCGCGCGCCAGCCUGCACGCAUACACGCUACCCAGCGAGUUUGAGUGGUUGCAUCUCCAUCACAGCUCAGCCCCGCGUCGCAAAUUUGAAGCAAAGCGAGCGAAGCCACGCGCUUCCC